AUGCCGUGGACGAUUCAUCGCGAGUUUAUGAGUCAGUUAUCGACGAACAGUGACCUUACAUUAUGGGAGUGGGUCACGAGGCAUGGUGGCUCGGCCCCAAAAGCACGUUUAUCUGAUGCAUAUCCACGGACUGUGAUCGCUGCUGAGAAUGUGAAUGGCGCACAGGACGGCGGGGAUACCAUUUUUUCAAUUCCCAUCACUUGUUUGAUGACACCUGCCGCCGCUUUCGCCGAUGUGACAUAUGGAAAAGUUUUCGAGUUGUUUGCAGCUCAUCAAAGCGUCGAGGACCGUACAGUUUUAGUUUUCUUUCUCGCUAUUGAGCGACAAAGAGGCAUGACAUCGCAUUGGGGACCUUACAUUCGUGAACUUCCCAGCAUUUUUUCGAACCCACUGAACUGGUCCCGCGCUGAAACCCUUCGACUUGCCGGAACUAGACUAGGGGGCGCGACAAAAUUUCAUGAUUGUGCACUGCUGCAGCUCACAGAAGUAUGUGUUCCUGCUUUCAUCGCCAUUUUGCGAGCGCAGCUAAUUUUAUCGGCGAAUACGAAAGCGAUAGCAUCGGGAGCGAUAUCCCUGGCACAAGAUGCCCUAUCCCCGGAUCGCUUAGCAUGGUCACACAGCUGUGUUUCGAGUCGUGCUUUCUCCUUAUUCUUAAACGGCCAAAGAACAAUUGCUUUGGUUCCCCUUGGUGAUAUGCUUGAUCACUCUCCAGAUGCGCAAAUCGAAUGGCGCACCGAUGAUACAGCUGGACAAUUUUUAAUUAUCUCGCAUGAUCGUUUGCCAGCUGGAUCGAUCAUGUUCAACAACUACGGCGCAAAAAGCAACGAGGAACUGAUUCUGGGUUACGGUUUUUUCAUGAAAUCAAGUGUGCUUGAAACAUUGUAUGUAAGGCUCGCAGUUGAUGACAUGAACGAGAUGCGUUGUCGAGAUAAUCGAGGCUACGAUUGCGACCACAUGAGCAUCACCUCCGGCGAUAUUGGCGAGAAUUUCCUCUCUCGGCGGCUUGCUCACGGGCAUUAUCUUAGCACCCGUUCACCCGUACCCCCUACAUUUCUUACCUCCUCAAGAAUACUGAUGAUGUCCCCUACUGAACUGUAUACUUGGAGAUGUAGAACGUGCGAGGGCAGCGACGAAAGUCAGCUUAAAACUAAAGUUGGCUUUAAUCAACAUGAUCGUGCGACAUUCCGCAUUUUGCAACAACUGGUUGGAUUGCUUCGCAAAACAUCUAAACACAUCUCACGGUACAAGCGUCUAGCGCCUAAGCACCAAAAUCAUAUUAACGAAAAUGUUCGUUGUCUCGUCGCUUGGAUUACAAAGGAAUAUCGAUAUUCACAGCUUGAAAUUGCGCACGCUGUGCUUCGAAGCCUUCGUUUGCACUGUAGCGAGCUCAUGCACAACUGUGAUGCUGUAAAGGAGGCGGGCGCAGUGGAUAAUUGUAGUGCCUUCAUCACUACGAGAAGUGAUCCUUCGGGGGCUUGGGAAGAAAUAAAUACGGUGUACAGAGAAUGGGAGUGUAAUAUCGGAGUAGAAAAGAUCUCUGCUGCACUUCUGCCAUUUUUAAGUCAUCAGGGACAGAUACAACAUGGACUUCGGGUAUCCAUCCCUAUAACGCACGGCGACAUAAUAGGUCGUGUGCCAACAUGUGCGCUACUGGUCGCAUCACACGCAUUGAAUGAAAUAUGCGUGGGGGUAAACUCUGACGAGCAGGAGGAGGUUGCGCUGGCAGUCGCCCUUAUGUUGUGUGCGAUAAACGAAUCAAAUGCGUUCAACCCCUUUGCAAAGUGGCUACUUUGUCUGCAAAGCGCCACAACAUUCGUGGAAGCUGAGGUACUAGACAACAGCUUGGAUGUGGCAUGUGGUAACGAGGCAACGUGUUUCCGCAAACAAUAUGACGGCGAGCUAAACUUCUUGAAAUCCGCCGGGUUGCCGCUGCACAAUGUCGAUGAAUCGGGGCUCGAUUUCUUGUAUUCAAAGGCACGCCUGGUUGUUUCCAAACAGGCCCUCAGGCUGCCACGUGCAGCAGAGACUCUAGAACCGUCUGUCUCUGGGCAUCUAGCACUUGUGCCUUUCCUUGGUUUCUUUCCACGUGCAUUUCAUUUUUCAAUCGGCACGUUUCGUUGGGCGUAUGGCCGAAAUGAACGCUAUCUGCCGGACGAAUACCGAGGUGGUUGGCACCUGGAGCUAUCGUCAUCAUGUGAUCUUACUGUUGACACCUGCUUUGUAACGCCACUUGCAGAAUGUUCUUCAGCGUCCCCGGAAUCAGAUGUGACGCGGAGCGCUCUGACGCUACCCGAACCGAUAAAACCAAACAUGAAGAUACCACUCAAAACUUCAUUAGGGGAUGAUCAAAAGUUAAUCCUGGAAGGACUUCUUCAGUCCUGGAAGUCACAUGAACUAUGUUUUCAACUGGCGGAUACGGAUGAGCAGUUACGUCACCGAAAAGAGGAUCUGCUCCGCAUCACUGGACUAGGCAGUAUUCAUCAUGUCACCCUCAUUCCUUCCCCGGCACGACUCUGCGCGGCACUUGGGAUAUGUGCAACCAAUCGCAGUGCAAUCUUUCACGAAACUGAUAUCUGUCUCAAGUCCUGUGCUGAUGCAAUGAUAUUUGGCUCAGAAUCACUUAACCUAGCUCAUAGUACCGAGAAGCCACCAGAUUGUCAACGCGAUUCUACUGCCACGGGAUAUCAGUACGACCACUCAUGCGAGCCGUAUAAGAGCUCCCCUACUUUGCUGGCGACCACUCUCAUCAGCCGCGAUGCGUCUUCCAACGAGGCUAUGCCUAAGGCAGAGAGUGAACUAGUUUUCUCGUCCAAGGUCUUGAUGAAUCUUUCAAACAAGAAUGUUUCGAGGAUUCUGAGGAACCUCUUACGACGUUUACUGCUGUAUCCGAAUUCAAAAGAUUCGCCACCUUUUCGCAAGAACGUCCUUGAAUUCUGGCGAAAAGAUUUUGGAAAAUGGUGA